UUUUCUUACUUCCCUAUAGAUCUUAAAAGCACCAUGGCAAUAGCUGAAGGGAGAAACGACACUACAGUUACCAGUUUCAUUCUUUUGGGAUUCUCUGAAUUUCCAAACCUCACCAUUGUCCUCUUUUCAGUAUUCCUAGGGAUCUACCUCAUGACAAUGUCCUGGAAUUUGGGUCUCUUCACACUGAUCAAAAUGGAUUCCCAUCUGCACACACCAAUGUAUUUCUUCCUCAAUAAACUUGCCUUCUUAGAUAUAUGCUAUAUUUCCUCCACAGCCCCCAAGAUGCUCUCAGACUUCUUUCAGGAGCAGAAAUCCAUCUCCUUUACAGGGUGCACCGUACAGUUCUUCUUCUUCUGUAGUUUGGGUUUGACUGAGUGCUGCCUUCUGGCAACCAUGGCUUAUGAUAGAUAUGCUGCCAUUUGCAGGCCUCUACUUUACACAGCCAUCAUGUCCCCUACUCUCUGUCUGAAGAUGGUUGUGGGAUCUUGCAUAACUGGCUUCUUUGGCUCGUUUAUCCAACUGUGUGCCUUACUUCAGCUCCAUUUCUGUGCACCAAAUAUCAUUAACCAUUUCUUCUGUGACCUGCCCCAACUGAUGACCCUGUCUUGCUCUGAUACCUUUUUCUUACAAGUUAUCAUUUCUGUGCUCACAGUGAUCUUUGGACUGAUUUCUGUGCUGAUUAUCAUGAUAUCCUAUGGUUAUAUUGUUGCCACUGUUCUGAAGAUCACUUCAGCUGAAGGCAGGUCCAGGGCUUUCAACACCUGUGCUUCUCACCUGACAGCAGUGACCCUCUUCUACAGCUCAGGCACCUUUGUCUAUUUAUGGCCCAGCUCUGAUGAUUCUCUUAGCCAAAGCAAGCUUGCUUCUAUUUUAUACACUGCGGUCAUUCCCAUGUUAAAUCCAUUGAUCUAUAGUCUCAGAAACAAGGAAAUCAAAGAUGCCCUAAACAGAUGGAAGGAGAGAAUUUUCUCUGACAUUAUUUUUUUACAAGGUUUGCAUAAUUUACUGCAAGAUAAGUGA